GGAAGUGCAGCGGGGACACAGGCCCCAUCGAUUCAACACAACUGCACACAUAAGCAUUUACUAAUAAUAAAGCUCUGUUUGUAUGUCAUUUUCAUGGAGUACAACCGAUAACACAUAUGGAGUGUCAAGAGGAAAAGCCGAUUAUCUACACUAUGGAAAACAAGCCGAUUGUGACAUGUGAGUGUUGAUAAAAGAAACGGACUGUUUGAUUUUUCUCGGCUUUGACAGUUAGCCUGCAAGCUAAACUCAUUAGCCUGUUUAGCUAAGCUAGCUGGCACCUUUUAUUAGCCAAGUUGGAGACGUGUGUAUGUGGCGGCUGGUGGCCUGAUCUGUUCCGGUCAUUGCUAAUGCGCUCACACACACCUGUAGUGAAAGAAAUAGCAGAAUAUGAAGCGUUGUGUCUCUCAGCUACAUUGACUAACAGGCCGGGCUAACGGCUGAAGCGUCGCGGCUGGUUGCAGCAGGUUUUUGGGGAGAGGAUAUCACCUUGAUCCCUACUGGACAGCCCCCGUCUCCCCUAAGAGCAGAUCUCACUGGAGUCGCUACAUGAUAUUUGGCCGUCAGAGUCAGUUUGCCAUUCAUAAAUCCUGUAGACUCUUAUGAAAUCUUCCCUCAGGAGUUAUUUUAGGAGCCGGCUCUCUCUCUAGUAGUGGGUGACAGCCUCACUUCACACCGCCAGCUGCUCCAUUUUUAGGAAUGGGUGGUAUAAAGGUACCCCAAGUCACAAAGACGAGAGUAGCAUGACCAUGACAAAGAUUGACAGAUAUAGAAAGCUGAUGAGUGAUUCAUGUUGAUGUCUGAUGAUGUUGCUCUUUAUGGAAUUCUGCUGUAAAUGAAUCAAAAACAGGUCCAUCAACCUGGUUGUAGAUGCUCUGACUAGCAUAUGUAGUAUUGUUGUUUCCUUCCCUCCAUGUAUACCAUGCCUUAUAAUGUUUACGUCAUGUAUUGUGCGCUAUGUUUGCCCUUAUUGCUGCCUAUUGUUUGCUAAAAGUGACUGUGCUGCUGCCUGUCUCUGCAAGGACACUCGUGGAUAUGACAUGUUUAUAUGACAGUCAGUGUCUCCUGGUUUGAUGGUAAAUAUCAAACACUAUCCUUACAUUUUUGGAGCAAAGCAUUGUCUGACAGCAUGGGGGAAAUUCCUGAAUCCUGCAGUGAUUGUCAUUUUUAUUGUUCAGGGGGGCUGGUUUAAUUUGGAUCUACUCUAUUAUAUGGAAGGGAUGUUUUGGGGGAGAAUUACCAUGUUUUUUUUCUACAAAUGGCUCAAAUGUUGUUGUCAUGAUGCAUCCUGUUCAUUUGUAACAUGUCCUAGUGGCUGAGCAAUAUUAGUUUUUCAAUGGCCAAUAUGACACCCACUAUUACAUGGGUGAUCAGCUGAUGCACUAUGCACACCGCUGAUAUUGCAGUGUUGUUUUGUUUUUGUAUCUGAUAGAAUAUAAUAACUUGAUUUUAAUAGUAAUAAUAAUAACACUCAUUGCUCCAUGCACAGUACAGUCAUGUAUGCACAUGGUUAUCUCAGCCAGGAGUAUGUUUUAGAUGGAUUUUGAAUUAGCCUGACUGAUCAAUCAGUCCAUAUCGCGAUAUUUUGUCUGGUGAUAUAUCCUAUUGUCUCAUUUACCAAGUAUUAAUAUUUUCAAAUUAAUUCUGAAUAUGAAGUUAGAUCUAUGAUAGUUAAAAAAAUAAAAUCAACUGUUUGUCCAGUGAGGUUGGCAGAGGUGACAUCAUAGAGCAGGAGAAAGUUAGUACAACAAAUAUAUAUGUAUAAGGUUUGCAAGAUGUGCUAAAUGAAAAUAAAAUAAAUAGCAAAUAAGACAAACAUAAAGGAAAGACAAAUGCUUAAUUAGCAAAACAUCUGAAAAAAUUGUAUAAAUCGCAAUAUAUUGUAUCGCAAUACUCACUAUAAAUGCAAAAUCAUAAUAAUAUCGUAUCGUGGCUCAAGUAUUGUGAUGAUAUCGUAUCGUAGGGCCACUAGUGAUUCCCACCCCUAUUAUCUACAUGACAGAGUUAUAUCUACAAUGAUACUUAUGAAUUCAGCAGCAAUAGUACGGUUGGAUACUGGAGCUGAAAACCAGCAGUGGUAGCAGCAGAAUAUUAGGACCAAACAUAAGCUAGUUCAUAGAAACUGUGCACUUAUCAUUUUAACUAUACAGAUGAUCUUCUGAAAUUUGUGAGGUAAAUUUUGCCUAAAAUAAAGAAGAGGCGAGUAUGGAGGGGGGUUGAUUUUCUCGAUGAAUAAGGGUGGUAAAUUGCAUUUACUUUUCAUCUGUGUUAGUAAAAAAGAUGUUAUGGUUCCUAAAAAACUCUCUAUUUUGUUGCUGAUAGUCUAAGUUUCAUGCAGAGGACUUCUCCGGGGAUUGAUUAAUGCCAUUAACAUCCAAUUUUAAGCCCUUACUCUGAAUAUAUUCUGGUCCAGACAAGCUUAUAAUAAGUUACCAUAAGGAUUUAGCCAGGUCUACUAAUAGUGUUAUAUCAUGUGCCACACACCAAAUCCAUAGCUGGUCCUGUUUUCUCUCUGUCCAGGUGUUAAUCAGCUGACAGCGAGGCUAAUUUAUAAACAAAAUAGUUUGUCAGCUCAGGGAAAUGUGAAGGCUCAGCUCCAGAACACUCAAAGAGAAUUCACCAUGAUGCUAAAGUGCUGACGUUUGUCCUGCAGGAUGUUUGUUGGUGUUGACAUUAACACUGAGUGAGCAGCAUAGCUCUGGUACUCCUCUUCGCCUUCAGGGAGUAUUUAUAAAAAGACUUCUUAUGCGCUUCAUUUGAUGCGGCCCAGUUCCAGCGUCGCUCGAACAAGACAUUCAGUCUCAGAAGUCGCUGCUGAUCAAACGCACACACUCAGCUACGGUGCAUGACAGUUAGAGUAGUCCUAAAAUAGGGCAUUGACUGAGAAAGCUGAGACUUUUGUGUUGUUGAGCCAGACAAGGGAUUCUACGAGUCUUAGGUGUCAACAUGAGGGCUGGGUUCACAGGGCUGGUAAUGAUUUAGAAGAAGGACCAACUGAGAAGGCGGCAGUAUCUCUACAUAAGAUACAAAGUGCAGGAACGCACCAAGUUGAACUAUGUAAGCCUCUAUAAGGGAUUUUUGAUUAAAGGCAGGAACUUGGUAUGAAACUACUGAACCAUUACCUUCACUACCUUCAAUGAAGUAAAGGCUUCAUGUUGCUAACCGGGGUAGACAGUCAUCCUAUCAAAUUCUAGCCUGUAGGUAUGACUUUUUGUUGUACCCUUCAGAAAUGAAAACUAGUACUUGGAGUCUUUCAGGCUGUUGCUUUCUUUGUGAUAACGGCUCAGAUUAUGGGAGCGUACGUUCAGGCUAUACGUAGCGAAAAGGAGGCAAACUCCAUAUCCUGUCAUGCAAAUAUCAUCAUCAGUUCAUAUUUAGAUUUCUUUUGCUUUAAUGCAGCUGUAUGGAGAGAGAAGAUGAAGUCAAAGGGCGCUUCAGGACGCUGACCCGUUAAAAGCCUUGGCUGAGAAUCAGACAGUUCUGGCAAAAGCUCAGCAUCCCUCUCUACACUCCUAAUCAUCAAAAUCACACCUCAGCAUCACAGGGUUUCCUGGAGGCGUUUAUCGGAGUUUGAACAAAGACAGAAAGAGGACUCAGAGUCUCUCUAAAGUGGUUCCAAAGUUUUAUACAGUAAAUUUUCACAACGUUUGAGAAAUUAAGACUUCUGUUCUCACUUUCUUUCUCUGAAUCGCCUCAAAAUGUAAGAAUUUGCUUCAGUGAAGCUCUUGUUUUCUCUUUAUUUGACCAACAUUGCAACUUUUAUUCAAUACUGCAAGUAAAUAUGAUUUAAUAUAGUGUAAUUCAUGCAAUUGGAGUUGCGUGAUACAAGGCUAUCACCACUACAGCCGGGCUCAGAUUCCCUCUUACUCACUCUGAAACUCACACUGACUGAACGGUAUAACCUUUCUUAGCGUGCGGAUUUUGCAGACGCUCCAUCUACUUUGACGUGUUUGACUGUUUAGCCACAACUUUUUUGAGGCAGGUUCUGUCGGCUUGAAGAAUCUAAUAGGGCUGGGCGAUAAACCAAAUAUACAGAUACCGAAAUUUAUGACAAUAACCGACAUCAUUUUGCCCAUGUCAGUGUAUUCAGUGUCAAAAGAAUCAAUGAAUAAAAGUUGGUUUUGGAUGUGUGUAGGUAGGCUAUGGUCUCAUGUCCCUUUAAGACACUGUCCUAUGUCAGAGACGUGACUCCACCCCAUCCAGUCUGUAACAAAGAGGGAAAGACAGGUGAGGAGAUUGAGGAUGGUUCGAAAGUUGUAGCGGCUGGAAUGGCGGCUGAAGUAGAUGAAGUUAAUGUGUGAGGGGGUGAGCAGCUCGUGGAGUAGUUAUCGUCCAUUUAUCGUUAUCGAGGUGAACUGCUCAAUAUAUUGUGGUAUUGAUUUGAGGCCAUAUCGCCCAGCCCUAGAAUCUAAUGUAUCUGAAAUGUUCCCACACUGCUGACCUCACUUGUUUCUUGUGUAAAUACAAAACUUUGCUGCUUGAGUUCUCUAGUAUAGUCAAGCUGAUGUAGCACAGCUUUCAUGUGUCUUGCAUCAGGGUGGUGCACAACAAGUGUCACUUUGUUUUCAUUCUGUGCAGGUUGUACUGAAGAUAAUGAUCCAUAUUAAGAGCGUGACAACAGAUCCACUCUGUGCCUUUAUGAUUAAAUAAGUGUGAUAUUUUUAAGCAUGUUUAUCAGUGAAAUCGGUUGAUCCCUGCUUUGCCCACUACAAGUGCUCAAACUUUGGAAAAUUUUGGGCUCUGUUAAAGAAUCAGGGAACAAACAUGUGCACUGUUUGGUAUCUCUGUUUUGACCUAGUUUCUAAAUGUUCUGCUUUUUCACCCCAGGUGCUGGAGAUCAGAGCUUGUUUACCUCUCUUUAUACCUCAUUGGCCCAACAGCUUCCCAGAGAGCCAAUGGAGUGGAGGAGGUGAGUUCUGCCCUGCUGAUAAUAAACAGAGUGUCCUUCAGACUUGUUCAAACUGUGGUCCUGAGAAAACCUGACAGAAUCAGGUUCAUGUCAGAUAUUUGAAAUAUAUUUCAAGCCGUGUUUGGUCCUUGGUUGAUAAAGAUGUUUUCCAUUAUUAGACAUAUAAUCAAUCUUAUGAAACUCCUCUCUCUCUCCCCUCUUUUCAGGACGUAUGGCCGUGCACCCAAAAUGAUCCACCUUGAAGCUAAUUUUGUCCAGUUCAAAGAGGAGCUGCUCCCGAAGGAGGGCAACAAGGCACUCCUCACCUUCCCCUUCCUGCACAUCUACUGGACUGACUGCUGUGUGAGUGGCACAAACACAAACACAUGUUACACAACAGCCUCAUUCAGUCAGUCAUGUGGUAAUUUAAUAAACAUUACUGGGAAACAUUAAUUAUAGCAUCAUGACAAACUUCUUGUUCUAUCAGUGGGACAAUGAAAGACUGUUCUGUUCAAGUCUUUUUUAUCCUGCGCCUUCCUGCUGAGAGAUCAUGUGCAAAAGCGCUUUAAUUCUGUGUUACACGACACCAAGAGGCACCGUACUGCAGAUGAAGACAGUUUCUGUGUUUGUAUUGAAGAGUUGCAUGAAUAAUGAUUCAGGGCUCGACAGUGCGACCGCUUCACUCACAUUUGUGACUAAAAAUAGAUGUGUGUGAGUUGUAAAAUGUAUUUAGGGGCACAUAUGCGCAUAAAAAAAAACCAGCUGAGGCAGCAAAUGUUUUUUCAUGUAAAUACAGCGGUGAUGUAAGUUUAAGGUAGGAUAUCCAACGGACAUUCACUGCAGGUCUGCCAGUAUCUUCUCACUCUCCAUAACUAGGAAUAGCAACAGCAGCAUGGUUAAAUCUACUCUGCACCCUCGCUGUCUAUGUCGGGUAUUGAAUAAGGGACCAUCAAUAAAUUAACGGUUGAUUUUCUCAAAAAAGGCUGUUUUCCUACAAAAACUUCAAAAAAAAGAAUUCAAAUAAUUGUACUAAGGUCAGACAUUAAGACACAUAUGAUUUGAUCAAUUUUCAUUGUGCCCCUAGAGCUCCUUACUUUUUCAGUUUAGGAGCACAUUUGCUCCUUGUGAAAAAAGUUAGUGUCAAGCCCCGUGAUUCCAUUUUUGGUCCUUACAGCUUUCUGUGAACGGAGACUCAUAAAAAUGUGGAGCUGCAGCGAGGCUUUGGAUUGAAAAACUCUUUUUUUUAUGGCUGCUAUCCUGAAGUUGUCUUCCUCCAUAAAUGAAAGACACUAAGUAGAAAAGAGCGCCCUCUCUUUUGAAUCUGUUUUUUAAUCAAAAGUUUAAAGGCGGCUUUGAAAUGCUGCUGAUCCUCCACCUUUUCUAUCUAAGAAGUCAUAAGAGCAGAGUCUUGAUAAAGUAUAUUUACUGCUUGUGUUCUGCACAAGAAGCAAAGUCUGCUCAUCUGUCCUCUAAGAAUAGAUGAAGACUUAUGAGCAGCACCCCAUCUGGGCAAAACUAGGUCACAGACGGCUCCGUAUGCAAGAUAUGCAAACUCAUUUCACGACAUACAUCCGAUAUGCAAGUUCACUUAGUUAAGACGUUUUGGCCUGACUCCAUGUGAGGGUUUACAGGCAGGGAGUUUGGAAAGCUCUGUUUACCCUGAAUACACAACACUCUGAGACGGACUUUUUAAAAAUAUAACCGAGUUUUAAAAAGCGAGAAAGAUAAGCUCAGUGUGCAGGACAGGAGAAAAGCUUUGAAUGCGCCUGCAUUAAAAUGCACAUAGAUUUACUCGAUGCAGGUCUCUUAAACUGCAGUGGGCAGCAGCCUGAAGUGAACUUGACAUCUACUUAGUGCAGCUGCUCAGGGAAAAACAAGAAGGGAAGCAGGAACCUGCUGCUGCUGACUGAGCAGCUGUUUGGUUUGAGGAAGUGCUGUCAUCAGCUCGUGACUCAUGACAUUUCCUACAGACUCUGCCUGCAGUGCCUGAGCAGGGUACCCAUGCCAGCAUUGACAACAUGAAAAGGACUUAAAAAGACCAGCAAAAUAAGCUGCUGUAGUGAUUCUGAUGGUUUAAUUUUCGUCAGAGAGCCACACUGAAAGUUGUCCUGCUGGAGCAGCUGAGCAAACCAGAUCCAGGAAAGGUGUCAGUCAUGUCUGCACCGUCUUGAUUAUAUAAGUGGACUGACUGUGCCAGAGUUUCCCUGCUUUUACUACAAGGAGCAGCAGAUCCUGAACACACUCUGUAACAGGUGUUGAAGACAGGUUUGCUUACGAGGCUGGAACAGUGAGCUGUGACCUGGAUAGGCUGUAAAACCACAGUGCACCAACCGGGCGGUCACAUGUGUACUUGUUAGCAGAUAUUGUAAAUUCCAUCCAGACGUUUUACAGCUACAUUAAACCCUGUGAAUGUUAAAGGUGGUAACUAAAGCUGGAAGAAGAGGACAAAGGAUUCACCUACAGCGGCGCUUUCUCUCUGCCCCGUAAAGAUGUUCACAGAGUUUAAGCUGAUGCAUACACUAACUGAAAACUACUGUGUAAGGUUUGAUUGAAUUUGUAGAGGCAUCAAAUAAACUUUGAUGAAACUUAACUGCAGUUUUUUUUAUGAUGCUGAUGAUGUAAACAAUAGAUAUGAACUUGUCUCUUUGUUUUUUGACACUUUGAUACGAUGGCAAAUAUUUACAGAGGUUUGAUUCCCACCUGCGGCUCGUUUCUUGCUCUAUCUAUUGUCCUUUCCUCUUUAGAGUCAAAAGCCAAUGAACAACUAAAAAAAUAAGAUAAAAUGAGAAUAAGAAAUAAGACAUUCUGAUAAACAUAUCAAAGUUUUUAAAAGCUGAAAAUGUGGUUUGUUUGUACAUGUGAAAUUAACUCAAACUGAUUGAUACGUUUUCACAACUGAAGAGUAAAUAUGUCGAAUCAUAGCUCGGUUUCCAGAUCAUUGUGCAACAUCAGUCCUUUAGUUCCUCUCACUGACACUAUUACACAACAUCUGACUUAUUAUUUCAUUUUACAUCCUCUACCCAGAUCCGGCUGAUUGAAAACAAAGUGUUCCCUCCAGAAACAGUCAGUCUCUAGUUCUGUUAUCGUCCAGUAAAAACCUGCUGUCCAGCAUUCUUCAGUAGUAGACUUCCUAACUAGAUGUGAAAUGUAGAUCAUUUUAAAAGGGAAACACCUCUGACCCUCUUUUCACCGUUAAACUAUGAAUGAAAUACUAGAUUUAACAAAAUCCAGUCAAAGCAUUUUCCUUAGUGUUUCUCUCUCUGUUUUUUCAAGGAUAAUUUUCUGCAAGAACGAAUUAUCAUAAAAAAAUUUAAAACGGUUUUGUGUCUUUUAUUGUAGGACACAGAGGCGUAUAAAUCAACGGUGAAGGAGGACAUGAUGCGCUGGCAGAACAGUUUGCGGACUCACGGCUCAGCAGACUGGGUCAUCAUUGUUGUCGAGACCAACGACACAAAGAAGAAGAAUAAGACAAACAUCCUGCCCAGGUCGUCUAUCGUGGACAAGAUCCGCAGCGAUUUCUGCAACAAGCAGAACGAUAGGUGAGGACGCUGUGAAAGAAAAAACUGUAGAGGAGAGGACCUGAUGUCUCUCCUGAGACCAGAGUCCAGACAGUGCUGAGAUGAGUCUUUGGUUUUAAGGUUUAUUAAAAUUAAAGCCAAAUAUCCUUUUGUUGCAGCCUCUUAAAAUUUCAGAAUUCCCUGCACAUCUGUUUGUAUAAAUUGGAUUUCUUGUGUUUUUGCUCUGAUAAAAAAAAGAAUAUUAUGAUGAAAAACACUGCAAAGAGGAGCUGCUACUUCAGCAAAUAUUUGUGACUUCAACUAAACCAAACUUUCACACAGCAGCAGCAGCAGAAAUCUGUAUUAUGAUCUGCCUAAUUCAUUUAUCCAACUCCCUUCAAAAUACUUUUUUUCCAUGUCACAGGUGUGUGGUGUUGUCAGAUCCUCUGAAGGACUCGUCCCGCUCUCAGGAAUCCUGGAAUUCCUUGUUGCUCAAACUGAGAACUCUCCUCCUCAUGUCCUUCACCAAGAACCUCGGCCGCUUUGAAGACGACAUGAGGACACUAAGAGAGAAACGCACCCAGCCGGGCUGGAGCUUCUGUGAAUACUUCAUGGUCCAGGUAGGUACCCAGGAACAUGUAUGUAGACUGUCCACAAAGAAACAAAGAGGAUGAGGUUAUCAUGACUGAAAAGGGAAUAACAACUUGAUAGAUACAGAUGGCUUGUUUCAAAUUAUCUCAGAGAGCUUAGUGUUGAGUGACUCAACUCAACCGUUGUCUCGUCUUUGUUGAAAUUUUGAGGGUCACUCUUUAGUUCUGUCUCACAUGUUAUUGUUUGUGUGUGAUGUGCAGGAGGAGCUGGCCUUCGUUUUUGAGAUGCUGCAGCAGUUUGAAGAUGCCUUGGUCCAGUACGAUGAACUUGAUGCUCUUUUUACCCAGUAUGUCCUUAACUUUGGGGCUGGAGGUAAGAAAACGAUCAGUGAAUGCUGUGGUUGAUUUCAUAGCAGCUUUCCCUGCAAGUAAAGAAAUCAUCAGUCGUAUUGUGCUUGAUGUUUUUGUGCAUCCUAGUUUUGGUUGUGGUUUUUCUCCACAGACACAGCAAACUGGCUCGGCUCGUUCUGCGCCCCAGUACGUAGCUGGAGCGGCUUGCUGCUCCGGCGGCCCAUCGACAUGGAGAAGAGGGACGGGAUCCAGCGUGGGGAGGCCAGUUUGUUAGAUCUGAGGAGCUAUCUGUUCUCUCGCCAGUGCACCUUACUCAUCUUCCUCCAGAGGCCGUGGGAGGUCACACAGAGAGCCCUGGAGCUGCUGCACAACUGCGUACAAGAGCUACGCCUGUUAGAGGUGAACCCUUGACAAACAGUCAUCUCUUCUUCAUGUAAAAGCUUUCCUGAAGAGCUAAUAUUAGACUUAGAUAUAAGAGAAAUUAUAGUUUUGGAUUGGACAACACAAAUUCAUCAUCACCCAUGCCAAUGUGUGCAUAUAGAGUUUUGUAUUUGUAAAAACAAGUUGAAAGUGUCACUUAUAGUUAAAUUUCUAUGCGUUUAUUGUUAAGGUGUCAGUUCUUGAAGGAGCUCUGGACUGCUGGGUGUUCCUGAGCUGUUUGGAGGUUCUGCACAGGAUCGAGGGCUGCUGUGAUCAGGCCCAGCUCGCUGCAAACUGCUCUCAUACAGUCGGGCUGUGGGCUUAUGCUACUGACAAGGUAAACAAAUUACAUUUUGUCUACAUCAAGCUGCACAGACUAUUAACCCCACAGAUAAUUUCUACUUUCUACUGUGUUAUUUUGCCUCUGUUGUCAGUUAUAAGGUCUUGGUUUGAUGAGAGCUCAAACUAAACCUACAAAACACUGACAUUGUUUAUAUUUUUCCUAGAUUAAUAUUCCUUCAGGUUUAGAUCUGCUGUUGAAACAGUUUUUUAAUAAUUAAACAAUGUCGUUGUUUGUCAGCUGAAAUCUCUGGGUGAACUCUGUGGCCUGGUGUCAGAGAAGGAGCCCACAUCUGACGACCUGAACCGGACUGUGGAUCUGCUGGCUGGACUUGGGGAUGAGAGGCCUGAGACGGGUGAGUUUUUUUGUGAUUUUUGUAUUUUUGUAACGCCAUGUUGCUGUUAAAAAUGAAGUUAAAUAGAUUUGAAGGUGUCUUGUGUGGUGGAGCAGGAAGUCGGGGUCGAUUAUAUUCAAAACAUCAACAUGUCGUGUUGGAUUUUCGUUCCAGCUUGAUUUUUUGGAAACAGUGACAGCCCUUUAGAGCUCUGAUUGAUAUUUAAGCCAACAUGAAGCCAAUACUUGGAUAUCUCUAAGCUGUAAGACUGUUGUCAGGAGCAGUUUGUUUUCAGCUGCUGAUUCCACUCAUUGCCAGUGCAGUCAUUCAGGACUGGAAGGAGGCCUGACUGGCUAACGAGGAAUAUUGAUCUUUGGUUUCACCCAUUAAGAGCAUUUAUGUCUAUUUUCCACUCCUAUCCCUCAAAACAGAUCAGUGUCGAUUAAAACCACCUACAGAACAGAGUAUAAAAGUCCCAGUUCCAACAUUUUUACCAUUUAUUAUAUAGGUAUGUACUGUAUCCUCUCAGUUUGUGCCCCAGUUUUUAAAACUUUUUGAAGCAGCAUAUCCAACUUAUCUGCUGCAUCACAGUCUUAACUCCCCAGCUGGCACCUUUAGCUGCUCUCUGUCAAAUAAAAGCCAAAAAAUAUAUAUUCACAUCUUACGCACAUAUUGCGCUGUGUGUUCCAAUGAAGCUUUUAUCUGUAGAGAUGAAGAUAUAUGAAAAUAUAAAAUAUGAAAAUAGAUGAAAAUAUAUAAAAGCUGUUCUAAUUCAAGUCAGUUUUAAUCUUAAAGAACUUGACACAGUUAAUCCAGUUCAGCUCAAUUUAUCCCGAAAUCAAAUGUGGGAAUCUCCUGCAUGAGCUUGUCCAGCCAAUCCUUCUCAAAAGGUGUCGUGACAGAGCCGCUUACAGACGAGACUACAGACAAGUGUCUUUGCCUUGUUUUGAUUUUUGCUCUGUUUCCCUCCACAGUCAACAGUUUGCAGAGCCCUUACAAAAAGCUGAAGGAAGCGCUGUCCUCAGUGGAAGCUUUCGAGAGGCACUAUCUUGUAAGUGGAUUUCCUUCUGACAGCUCAGUAGCGGGCAAAACAGGAAGUUCACACAUUCUCUAAAUUUCUGUCCUGAUUUUUUUAUGUGUCAUGUUUUUUUUCCUGAUGUAAUUUCUUAGCAACCUCAGUGGAAACUGUGAAGUCGAUAAUCUUUUUCCUCUCUCCUCUCUCUCACCCUCUAACCCUCGUUCCCCCCGCCACCACAAAACCACCUCAUUGGCGACCUCUUGCAUCAGGAGCUGUCUCACGCUGCGAUGGAGAUGUACAGAGCCAUCGGCAGGCUCAGGUCUGCCAGGCUGGUGGGGAAAAGCCUGGCCGAGUUUUACAUGUAAGGCACUUUAAAAGUUCCACAGGGUGCAGAAACACACAGCUAUUUUUUGCUCAUUGCGGUGGAAGUGGGCUCUUCUGCUGAACUGUCAUUCUGUUCUCGUAAACACCCACACAUUCCUGAGGAGAGGGGAGGUUUAAUCAGGCCGAAUAAAUGAAAACAUUCAUCUGGUGCAAUGGGUGGGAGAACAUUUUGAAUGAGAUGAGAGGCAAGUUUCAGACCUUUAUUUAGCGGUCCAGUUCAUCAUGCAGUGACAGCUUCUCUCUACCCUUUGGUUUCCGCUUUUAAAUAUUCUGCAGAUAUUGUCACAGCAUACUCAGACCCUUAACUCGAUAAUAUAUGAGCUCUGACAGCUUGUGGUAUUCUUAUUUUACUUACUGAGGACUUGAUGUGUGAAAAACAAAGUGACGCAUCUGCGUAUGUGUGUGUUUGUGUGUUUACCAGGAGAAAGGGAGACCCCGAGCGGGCGGAAACUUUCCUACAGGAAGCCUUGAAGUCUUACGUGUCAGAGGGGUGGAGCCUCCCCGUCACUCACACCAGGAAACAGAUCGCUGAAUGUCAGAAGCUGCUGGGCAGAACCGAAGAGUAUCCUCACCAUCACAAGCAUCACAAACUUUCCUGUAGUUUAAACUCUUAUUAAAAAUGUCAUACUUUGAUUUUGUUCAAUCUGAUCGUCGCUGUCAUGGUUACAGUAGGCUGCUCCAGUGAUCGAAUCAAAUGUGUUUGUAGCGUUUGUUUUCCUUUACGAUCCGUCCACCACAGCUACUUGCAGACCAGUGCCUUGUUGGCUGGUGAUGUGAAUCUGACCACAGAGGAGAGGAAGCACUUUUGCCAAGAAAUCCUGAGCUUUGCUGGGAAGUCUGGCGAACAGGGUGAGUGAUAACAACUGAUGUUCACUCUGAACUUCAUCUCUACUCUCUGAUGUUGUUUCUUCUUUGUAUGCAGCUGAUAACAUUAACUUGUCUUCCACUUCAUCUGUUCUAAAUCCUCAGGAGAAAUAGUGACCUGUUGCUGUCUUGCCACAUAAAUUUGCAUGCAAUACAACUGUCCUUAAACUGUCCAGUCCUUCUGUAUUAUAUAUCUGCUUUUUUGACUCUACUCUCUUCUUUUAUCAACUCCUCCAACUGUGUGUAAUAGCUAAAUUCUCAUUCCUAAUCUGUGGACACCUGCGAUAUUCUUUCUCCACAGCUCCUAAAGUCACCCUCAGUCUGGGUGUUUUCGCUCAGCUCACUCGCCUUCAGUUUCAUCCAGCCACAGCCUCGGUGCACUCUGGAGCCGUGCUGCAGGUGGAGCUCACUCUGCGCUGUUUGAUGCCCGUGUCGGUGAGAAUACAGCAGCUAGCUGCUAGUAUUCACUUUGACCUGGAGCGUGGAGGAACAAACGGGAGGUCAAAGGGAACUCUGAGGCAAACAAACCCAGGGACAGUGGAGUUUAUUCAGGCUAACUCAUCAGCAGGACCCCCUUCCUCCUUGGUUUGUCCCGCUUUAGAGCUGGACGAGAUCCAGGACAGGAGUCCCUCGGACAAUUCCUUAAACUCCACAGGAGUGGUGUGUAAAAACACUCAUCUGCUCAUGCGGCGUCAUGACAGCAGUUCACCUCCGGACACACCGAACUGUGUCAGCCCGCCGACUGUGGCUGUGAAGGAGGGAGCACAGAUGCUGCAAGUGCAGGAUGUGACGCUGGAGCCCGGGAACAACAGCAUCAUCUUUACAGCACCAGUAAGAGACACUAGAAAUAAAAAAUCUUAAUGUGACUGUUUCAAAUAACCAGCUCUGUGAUGUCUGACAUGGAGAUGAAAGAUAAGAAAAUGAGACUUUCUCCCUUUCUCUCUCUCUCUCUCUCUCUAGAGUGGACAACCAGGCUCUUACACACUGCGUCAGCUGUUUGCCACAGUGGGUCAGGUGCAGUUCGUGCUGCCUCAUAUCUACCCAUCAGUCCAGUAUGAGGUCUAUUCUCAGGAGCCUCAACUCACUGUGGAGCCUCUCACAGGUGUGGAUCAUCGCUCUAUCAUUAAUUCCAGCUCCUUUGAUCAUGUUUAUAAUGACGUACAAAUCACCCCUAUAGCAACUAUAGUAUUGCUGUUUGGCUGUAAUUGUGUGUUAAUCUGUGUUUUCAGAGCCCCUGUUGGCUGGUCUGCCUCAGAUGGUGAAGUUCACUCUGCUGACGGGUCACUACGCUGUAAAGAAAGGAGACGCUCUGCAGCUCAGCAACACAGACACUAUGCCCAUCCUGCCCUCAAACAGCUGCACCGCCCGCAUCAGCAACCCCACCGCUGGUCAGGACUCUGAUAUUAUGAACUUGCAGUUAAAUCACCUGGAGUGUGAUUCUAUGAUCUCAUUGCUCUCUUGUCCGUCUCUUGUUCUCCUCUGGUGUUCAGAGUUGGUGGGUGAAAGCGUCCUGUCCAUCCAGUCCUCGGAGAAAGUGACCAGCAUCAGCCUGCCCGCCUGCCAGCCGUACCACACUCUGGAGUUCCAGCUGGAGGUUCUGUGCGUCAUCCCGUCCGGGUCUGAUCGGCCGUCUAAUGAGAGGCUGACCAACGGGGAGGUCCGCCACAGACCACGCAGCUACAGUCACCCUGACACACCUAUGACCGCCAUUGACCAGAGGGUAGGGCACUCAGACAGCACACACUUUAAAGUUGCUGUGUGGAGAAAAUUAUAAUUGUAAAAAACAGUUUUCGUGUUUAUGUUUCGUACCUUUGUAAAGAUAAUAAUUGCUGACCUAUAAAUUUCUAAAGCAUGACAGUCGUUAACUUGAUAAAUAUUUUCUCUUUUUAAUUGUAAGUUAGUAAGUUGUGUCUGUUUAAUCGGUUGAUUUAGCUGUUUUGGGAUUAAAGAGAUUACAGUCACGCUGUCCUCUCUCUGCAGAUGUCCAUCGACUGUCCGUGGUCUAUCUACUCCACAUUACUCGCCCUUACCUUCUACAUCCCCUUCAAGACCAAACACUCACUGCUUUCUGCUGGUAACAGGUGAGUUUACCUUUAAAGAGAAAUACCUUUUUAUCACAGCUUCAUCUCAGAAAUGAAAAAAUAAUAUCAACAUGUGAGAUGGUACUCUUAGAAAAACAUCAGAAAAAGAAAGGAAAUGUAAAAGGAAAGAAAAUUCAACACAAACUCUGACAAAUCCUUUCCAUCAUACAUGCCUGACCUGACUCUACAGGAAGUACAUCCAAGUGUGCGUGCAGAAUGUGUCCGAUGUGAGCUUCACGCUGGCAGAAGUGAAGUUGACUGAGAAGCAGCACGCGUCGCUGGAGCUGCAGUCCCUCAACACUAAAACUCAGCAGGUGAGCAGGAAGAGAAGUGCUGAAACUCUGCCGACGGCAGUUAUCUCAGCGUGGACGAAGAGAAAGAAAAGCUUUCUCAGAGUGUGAGCUUUGAGAUUCUUCAGGGUGAUGGAAAUGAGUGAGAAGGAUUCAUAGACAUGUUUCAGAAAUAAGAAGGAAGAGAUUGAACAGUUUUUUUUUAUUAAAUUCACAGCUCUGAUUAACUUUAAGAUACUGAAAGUUAGGAUGAUGCAGACAGCGUUUCUGUCACUGAAUUGAAACCUAAAGAAGCUUUUUCACCUCUAAGAUGUCUUCUUUUAUCUGUCUUUGUGCGUGUUUUUGUGUGUGCAGCUUUUGUGCAGUAAGCACAGUGUGUUCUGUCUGUGGGAGGUGAGGUGGAAGGACGACCUGCCCUCAUGUUUGCAGUGUGUAUUCUCUGCAAACUUCUCCCCGCUCAACCAAGACGUCACCGCCUUCAAACCUUUCCACUACCAGUUCCAGCUCGAGAGAGUCACUGUAAGUCCACCUCAGCGCUCGUUUAAAAAAUAAUAAUAUAUCAUGUUUUAAAUAGAUCUCUAGCAGCCCAAAUUUGACUCUGUCUCUUCCCUCUCUAAUAACCUCUGUUUUGAUUAUGUCAGACACUGUACAGCGUGAAAGCAGAGAUCUUUCCUCCUUCUGGGGAGCAGCACUGUCGCUCUGGCCUCCUCUGUGGGCUGGAGGUGUGUAUAACACGGCUGACUGAGCCCGGAGAGGGGGAGAUCACAGAGGACAGCAAGACUGACACUGAUGGCCUAAAAACCACCAAACUUAUGUAUGAAGGUCAGUCUGAAAACAAAAACACACCCAUCACCUCUAAAAGGGUGGCUUACAACACUGAUACAGGCAGAUAUUUUAUGAUUGUCAUAAAUGUUUUUACAGGUAAUAAAUAUAUCACAUUAGUUUUAGAAGCAUGAGAGCAACAGGCUCCUCCUUCUCCCCUGAGUCUUUCCCUGUAAGGAACUUUGCAUAUUUGCUAGUUUUUAGCGUCCUCUUUAGGCAAAGCAGUACACCUCAAUUCAUCCUUGGUAUCGUCCUGUAUUUAUCUGACAUAAAAUGCAACUCUUUUUCCUUUUAAACUUCAAACGUAUCACUGGCCAGGAAAAUUUGUUGUGCUAAGAGCUGUCUUGUUCUGACGACUAACCUCUCGCCUUAAGGCAUCAACAUUUACAGCAAGGAGACGCUUUCAUCUGUCACUGAUGGUCUUGUUUAUCCAAAAACACGUCGGUAUUAUUUUCAGUCCAUUUCAUUUCCAGAUAAAAACUGCUCACAGUAGCUUUAGUCAAGUCUUUGAUCGUACCUGAGCUUAAUGAGUUACACACACACAAGCUAAAAUAUGAAGAAAAGUGAAAACGUGAAAAUUAGAAGCAACAAAUUAGACAUUUAAGAGAGUAAGUGUAUGUUUCUGUUUGUGUCCGCAGUGGCUGACAGCAGCAGUAACUGGGCCGUGUGUGGGAAGAGUUCAGGGAUGGUAUCCAUGCCGAUGACAGCGAACGCCACCCACAAGGUGCAGAUCGAGGUGAUGCCUCUGUUUGCAGGACACCUGCCCUUCCCCAAGAUUAAAGUGUUGAAGUACCUGCCUCACACUGCAGCUGUGGCCACUCAGCAGGACCCUGGUAAGACCACUCUGCACUUUAAACCACGCUUUUCUACUGGCUGCUUUUCACCUUGUGAUUUUCAUGGCCCAAAAAAAUUAUGAUCAUAUUAUUGUGUUAUUUAUAGAAAACUUACUAUCAGUCAAGUGAAGGCAAAGUGAGAUGAGAAUUGAUUGACAUGUUCGUUAAAAACCUUACUAAUAAACUCACCUGACAUAACUGCGAAAUGUUUUACUGCAACAUUUUGAGAUCUUCAUGCUAGAAUAUCAUUCGAACCACUUUGAUAUAUUUUUUCUUCUCUGUUUUCAGACAGCUGUGUGGAAAACGACAGUCUCUCCCUGCUGGACAAGACGCUGGACGACCAGGCAGACACAGCCAGCAUCCGCAGCCGGGGCAGCGUGCACUCUGUGGGCAGCGGCGACCAGCAGCAGAGGGGCGUGUCUAUGCCGCGCCUGGAGCCCUUCAGCCCCGGUCAGGUGUUCAACCACAGCAACACGCAACAAGUCCUGGUGCUGCCCGCCACCGACGACCACAUCAUGGAGGUCAACGCUACAUGACCCUGGUGGGUAAACCAAACGCUCUCUUCCGACAGAACUGAACUCAAAACCUGGACGGACUCUGCUGAGCUUUUACUCCGGGGUGAAUCGGGUCCAUGAGUCCAUGUGGAAGACCGGACUCCUCCCUUAGCAUGAAACGUUCACAUCACUGGAGACAUUACGGACUAGCACAGUGAUGAGCCAAUGACAUCUGCAGAUAAGAUUUAAAUAAGAGUUUUCUUUGCCAUAUGUUGUACAUAGCUCAUGGAUGGAUUUAUAGUUAUAAAUACAUAAAUAUAUAAAUAUAUAUGGACUGAUCGAUCAGAUCGGCGCCUGUCGUGCUCCUCUGAGCUGAAGAAAACAGUCCUGAUUGUCCCAUGAUGCACCAAAGCCCUCCAUGUGUGUACGCCUCGAUCAGCUACUGAAGUACUGUAACCAUGACCGAGUGUGUCCUGCUGUACGUGCUGUUCCUGAGCCUCUGCCGUCAUCAGCACUUAAAUAAUCGAGGGUUUGGCCUCAAUGUUUGCAUUUGAAUCGUGAAAAUAAGCGGCUCCCAUCCGAAAUUAUGUCACCAGGCGGGUCAGAAAAGCCUCAGCGCAUAGAGACGUCAAUAAUCAUCACAGACUCUUCCGAUCAGCUUAAAUUCACUCAGUAUUUUCUGUCUGGUUAAGGUGCGAGCCUGGCUGUAUGUAAAUAUACUCUCUAUCUCCAUCCAUUGAGAAGAAAUACAGCCGAAACACUCCAGUUGAAACCGGUACAUUUGGAUGCCACAGAGGAGAUUUGACUGGCAGUGCAGCCCUCUAACUAACUAGAACGCACAUUAAACUUAGUGACAGAACAUCAAAGUUCCCUCAGGUUGGUACAGUCCACAUGAACAGGUACUUGUGUCAGUUUGAGGUCUUACAUUCACAGUUAUAAACAGUUCAGUGACUCUUGUGUUAAUGGCUUUCCCCCCCUCCGCUCUAUAAAACACUGCAGGAACAUAAAUCAUGCUGAUUUAUUAGUUAGCGCGUAAUUGUCCGGUUUGAUUCAUGCUCCAUUAUGAUCAUGUUAACAUAAGUGGGGCAGGUUCUGUGACCUAUACUGCAGCCAGUCACCAGGAGGAGCCAAGAGCAGCUGGCUGCAGACAACACGAGCUAAACAACAAAUAUUAGUCCUUGUUCCUGCAGUAUGAAGACUCUUUGAUGGUUAUGGAUUGACCUAUGAAUAAAAACACUCUCACUGUGUAUUUUAAUCCAAAGCUGUGAUUUAUUUUCUCUGACUUAAAUGCAAACAUCUCAAAGCUCUCAGAUUCAAACUAGUGAUGACUUAAGAGGCUCGGUGUGAGUGUGGCGGUGUGUGUCGUGUGUAUCUGUUCUGCUGUAGUUCUGUGAAAGUGUGAGGGUCUGUAUGUAUGUGUGUGUGGGCGUGUGUGUCUGUGCGAGUGUGUGUGACUUUUAAUCAAGGAUCAGCCAAUGCACAUUAUUGUCUAUCUAUUGUCUGACCCUUCAGUGGAUUGUUCAUAUUCAGUGUGUGUAUAUUUAUUCUGUAUGUGUGCGUGCGAGGUGUGUGUGCGUCGCCAAAUCUGUGUCCGAGCUAUGCACACAUACUGUUAGUUAGGUGUUAAAUAAAUGAAUGAAAUAAGUCGUGGCUGGAUUUAUUUAUUCAUUUAUUUAAAAGAAUGAUUGUCAGCUACUUCUGCCCCCUCCUCUCCCCCACUACAGCCCCCAUACUCCUCUUUGACCACUGUACAUACUGAUCUGUAAAUAAUGAUUCAAAUCAAGAUCAUCUUUGAUUGCCAACUAUAUUAAAAAAUCAAUGGAACUGAC